GAGUGAAGUUGGCAGGUUUAGUCGACGGAUCAACGUUGCCGGCAUUGAAACUUGAGUUUUGUUGGUUAGGUGCGGCGACCAGUUUUAUAGCGAGUUGUUCGAUUUUUAAAGUAUGUCGAAGCCAAUAGUAUUCGUAACGGGUAACGCGAAGAAGCUGGAGGAGUUCGUCGCCAUCUUGGGAAGCAAGUUCCCUCGCCAGAUAACGAGCAAGAAGAUCGAUCUGCCCGAAUAUCAGGGCGAAGUGGAUGACAUAUGCCGGGACAAAUGCCGGGCCGCGGCGAGCCUAGUGAAGGGCCCGGUGAUUAUCGAGGACACGUGCCUCUGUUUCAACGCAUUGAAGGGUUUACCGGGGCCCUACGUCAAGUGGUUCCUCGAGAAGCUGGGCCCCGAGGGUCUCCACAGAAUGCUCGCCGGAUGGGAGGAUAAAUCGGCAGAGGCGGUUUGCACGUUCGCGUACUGCCCCGGUGAAGACAAUGCCGAUGUCCUCCUGUUCCAAGGCCGAACACAGGGUACCAUCGUGAGUCCACGUGGUCCCCGGGACUUCGGCUGGGACCCCUGCUUCCAGCCGCUGGACUACGACAAGACUUACGCGGAAUUGCCGAAGGAGGAGAAGAAUAAAAUCUCUCAUCGCAGCAAAGCGUUGGAAAAAUUGAAGGAUUAUUUUAUGAGCAAUUAUGAGAAGAAUUAAUUUAUUGUGUUAAUAAAAUCUUUGUUCUUGUCA